AUGCCGCACGUCAGAAUCCCCGGCGACGUGUCGGUCUACUAUGAGUUCCACACAGCCUCUGGCGCCCACGAUGCGACCAAACCCAGCCUCCUCCUCAUCGCUCCGUCCUGGACCAACGCGACGUUCCUCGGGCCGUAUGUCGAGGCUUUCAAGCGGGACUUCAGCGUCUGCUGUGUCGAGUUGCGGGGACACGGGCGGACGCGAGGCGGAGUGCGGCCGACAUACGACUACUUCUGCGGCGCUGCAGACCUGGCGUUCACAAUGGAAGCGCUCAACCUGCCUCCCUCACACGUUUUCGGCGCAGGAGGGGAAGCCUUCGCAGCCGCAUUGAAACUCGCCGUCCUCUUCCCGCGCCAAGUACUCUCCCUCUCGCUCGUCGGCGCAACAGGCCUCUUCCAGCCGCCGCGGAACAUCAAGGCGUUCGAGGAAGUGGAUGAGCAGUGGUCUAACCCGGACGACGAGGAGGUGUGGCAGAAUGAGUGUAUGGGCGCGGUCGGGCAGUUCUUGCUGACGAAGGAAGAGGGGUUCGAGGAGGCUUGGGAUGCGGUCCUCUCGGCUGUCGUGCGGCUCUACAACCCGUACAAGCCCGAAUACAUCUGGAUGUCCUCGACACCAAACCACCGACAUCCCCGCCUGACGCCCGAUACCCUCGCCAAGCUCCGACAGCCGAUCUUGAUCUUGCAGGGCGAGCAGGACUUGUGCUUCCCUGUCGAAGAUGUGGCGGAUACAGUCAAGCACUUUACUGGAUCGCAAGGCUUGCAGUUCCACACCGUCCCAGACGGCCCUCACCUCCUCGCCAUCACGCACGCUCCCUCGGUCAUCAACAUGAUGCAAGCCUUCCUCCUCAAGCACGUCCGUCCGCCAACCUCCGCCAUUCCCUUCGACUUCCGCUCCGCCCUGCAGUCCGCCUCCUCGAUCGCCGGCAACCCCGACAUCGCGCACCGCGACCCUCGAGCACCCGAUGCGUUCUCGUUGCUUGAUCAGGAGGAAUACGAGGCGGGCGCCAAGAGGUUCGAGAAUAUGAAGCGGAGAGGGGACAAGUGCAAGUUGGAUUUGCCGAUGUGCUUUGAGAAGAAUGAUUGGGAGGAGGGGGCGGCGCAGCAGAGGCGGUGGACCUGGUCACGGCGGCGCGAGUACGCCCAGCAGCGACAAGACGUUCGACCGAUGUCGGUCCUCUCGCUCGGCGACGGUAUUGCAGUCGAAGUCGAGCGGCGAGAGACGACCGGCCGAACAGGUGCGGUCGGGAGCCGAGCGACAGUCGACGCGCGGAGGAGCGACGACGAGGAGGAGGACAUCCCUCCGCCUGUCCCGCAGAAGGACUUUGGCGCGCUGCGCAUCCGAUGA